AUGCGUGAGGGGAUUCACCUAAAGACGAAGAAGGGGAACCUGCGGAGGCCGCCGCACCCCGUGGUGCUGCAGUGGAUCGCGGAGGCUUGGGAUCAAGUCCCCAAGCAGAUCAUCAUCGACGCGUUCCGCCACUGUGGGAUCUCAAGCAAGCUGGACGGAACGGAGAACCACCUGGUGAUGUCUCACCUGCGCGCCAGGAGCACCACUGAUGUCUCCGCGGACAUGUCCCUCGGGGGGACCACAGGCAACAACACGCGCCUGCUCGGUCGGGCUCCAGAGGAGGAGGAGGAGGAGGAGGAGGAGGAGGCGAUGCAGGCGGAGGGCGUGCGGGAGGUGGCAGUGGCAACCGGCCUGGAGGUGCUGUACUAA